AGACAACAGAGUCGCCGUGAAUCGAAAUUCAAACACGGGCUCUAUUUAAAGGAGCAUGUUUCGCAACCUUGUCUAACUAUCUGAGAUCCUGUUUCCCUCCAUUUCUCUCUAAUCUGUCUUCCCUUUUGCGAUCUUCACAGACUCGCUAGGAGCUACUUGAUGCCCAUGGGAUCUGUCGUAGAGGCUGCAAACACGGGGGCAAAUGGAAGUUUAAGUGAGAAGAAACCUGUGGUAGUUUUUGUUUUGGGUGGUCCAGGCAGUGGAAAGGGUACCCAGUGUGCUAAUAUUGUAGAACAUUUUGGUUACACACAUUUGAGCGCUGGAGAUCUUCUCCGAGCUGAAAUUAAAUCUGGUUCUGAAAAUGGAACCAUGAUCCAGAACAUGAUAAAGGAGGGAAAGAUUGUUCCUUCUGAGGUAACAAUUAAGCUCCUUCAAAAAGCAAUGCAUGAAAGUGGUAAUGAUAAAUUCCUUAUUGAUGGCUUUCCUCGCAAUGAGGAAAAUCGGGCAGCAUUUGAAACUGUUACUAAGAUGGAGCCAGAGUUUGUCCUCUUUUUUGAUUGUUCUGAAGAAGAGAUGGAGAGGCGUCUUUUGAGCAGGAACCAGGGAAGAGAAGAUGAUAACAUCGAAACCAUCAGGAAGCGGUUUAAGGUGUUUUUAGAGUCCAGUCUUCCUGUUAUUCAGUACUAUGAAUCUAAGGGGAAAGUUCGGAAGAUCGAUGCGGCAAAGCCCAUUGCUGUGGUCUUUGAAGCUGUCGAGGCUGUUUUUACCCCAGCAGAUGAGCAGAAGGCUUCUGCAUAGAUUUUGCUACUUUACCAGGUUGCCCAUAAUGUAUGUUGAGGUCUUCUUAUGGUUGGCUGCACAUCUUGUAUGCUAUCCGGAUGCUUUCGUGCGGCAUAUUCUUUUGUUGUCAUAAUAAUAGACAAUAUUCUGAUGUACUACGGUAAAGUCUUUAUAUUCUUGUGAUUGUGAUUAUAUCCAAUAACCAGAAUAAUAGUGUAAUAA